GAAUGGUUCGCCUCGCACGCCGACAUGCCUGCCCCACACAAAGACCUCCCCCACCAACGUAAUUUCUCCGCAACCCCUCCAUCAUAACAACACAACAAGCACACUCCUGGUCUACAGCACUCAGUCCAUACGGAAGAACCAUUCUAAUACCACUUUACAUCCACCAUUAAGACGACAAGUUUAGUCCAACUGUCCAAACUUUCCAUAAAUGCCUCGUGUUCUCUUGACAGGUGGGAGCGGCUUCAUCGCAUCACAAAUCAUCGGCAUUUUGCUAGACCAUGGACAUUCAGUCGUGACAACAGUGAGGUCUCAAUCAAAGGUUUCCAAGCUUCAAACCUUGUACCCGAAUAUCCCGACUUCAAAACUUGACUUUGUCAUUGUUGAAGAUGUCGGGAAGGAAGGCGCUUUUGAUAGUGCUGUGGUCUCAAACCCUCCAUUCGAGGUCGUGAUACACACUGCCUCUCCGUUUUACUUCACGGUGAAAGAUAUCAAAGCUGAACUUCUGGACCCUGCUCUCCAUGGAACAACCAGCAUACUGAAGGCAAUCAAGGCAUAUGCCCCUACUGUGAAGAAGGUAGUAAUCACAUCGUCGAUUGCAUCAAUCGUAGACAGCAUUAAGCCAAACGACCCAAAGCAAGUUUACACCGAGGCAGACUGGAACCCCGUGAGCUACGAGACUGCUCUGAAGGACGUCCGAAAUGGCUACAGAGGUAGCAAAGUCUUCGCCGAGAAAGCAACUUGGAAAUUCCUCGCGGACGAACACCCAAACUUCACCUUAGCAACCAUCUGCCCACCUCUCGUGGUCGGCCCAAUCAACACCUGCAUCGACGACUCCUCCAAACUCAACACAUCCAAUCUCCGCAUUCUAGAAUUCAUCACCGGCAAAUACAAAGGACCUAUCAUCCCUGAGACAGGCAAUUAUCUCUGGGCCGACGUCCGCGAUGUUGCACUUGCUCACGUGCGUGCUUUUGAAGUCGAUGAAGCUGCUGGGAAGCGUUUCUUCACUGUCGCGAGUCAUUUCUGUAAUAGGGAGAUUGUUGAGGUUCUUCGGAAGAACUUCCCUGAGUACGAGGACAAGUUGCCGGAUAAGGGAGCAACAGGCGGUGGAUACCCGGAAGAGGGCCCGUACGGAUUCAGCAAUGACAACAGCACAAAGAUUCUGGGGAUUAAGUUUUUGGAAUUUGAAAAGAGUGUGGUCGAUCUUGUUAAGUGUCUAAAGACGAUAGGCGUUUAGUUGGCAGAUGCGGUGAAGAUUGUGAGGUAGACAAGAGAUCCGGAAAGAAACACAGCGUUUUCUAGCUUUACCUUCAUUGCCUCUUGCCUACCACUUACACUUCCACAUGCAUUCAAAGACACAAAUGCCAAAAUAGCUGGAAGUAACUUUCUGAAGGUAUAUUCCAUUGUCAGUAGAGAUCUAGCCGUCGUCCUUUCACGUCAGUGUCUCUGG